UUAACCUCUGUGAAUCUUGGGUAUUUCAAGAUGGCGCUGAAUACGAAGAAGGUGGCGGCAAUAAUUUUUGACUUGGACAACACGUUGAUACCAACCAAGGAAGCCGACGACGAGGCUUACGAAUUGGUGCGAGAGGUAAUAGAAGAAGCAUGUCCAGGAUACGACACUGCCGCCAUGACCGCCAAGUUCAGGGUCGACCUGGGCUGGAAUGAUGGGUGUGACCCGGAGGGGAAACUGACCGUGGACGAGUGGAGAACCAAGCUGUGGGAGAACAUACUGAACAAGCAGGGCAUCACGCAGUACAACGGCCUGCCCGCCAAGAUGUACGCCACCUGGAAGAGGGAGCGUCUGAAGAGGAUGGUGUUUACGGAGGAGAUUAAGCAGAUGCUUGUGGGUCUGCGGAAGGAGUACAAGCUGCAGAUGAUGACCAACGGGCCCCUGGAGCCGCAGAGGGAGAAGUCACAGGUGUGUGAGUCCGAUGUAUACUUUGACUCCAUCGUGCUGUGUGGACUGUACCCGGAGCAGAAGCCGUACCCGUCCGUAUACCAGCGGGCGUUACAGGACCUGCAGCUGAACGCUGACCAAUGUGUGAUGGUAGGCGACCGCCUGAACACAGACACAGGAGGGCUGAACGCAAAGCUGUUGAGCACCGUGUGGAUCAAUUCUACGGGCGCUGCGAUCCCUGAAGGCGGCCCCGUUCCUCACCACAUUGUCACGUCUGUUCUGGAGUUACCCAAGAUACUGGAUAUUAUAAACGGGACUCCUCCAGCGUCGGCUUGACCUGCUUUUCCACCAGUACUCUGCAAUCUAAUUACAUUUUCGAGGAGUGUAAACAGUCCACCAUCAGCAGGCCUUAUGUACUCUUAGGCUUUCUUUAAUUUAUUCUGGAAGGUUCUCCACACAAUGUUCUUACGUUUGUUAACCAUCAGUGGAUUUCAUAGAUAGGGCUACUUGAGUAGCCUGGAUUCCAGUCUGUUUCGAGGGCCUGUACAAGCCAGCUUCUCUGCUCCAGAAGUUAGCUUGUGUAGGCCCUGGAACCAGUGACUGAGUCUGGCAUUCACGCCUUUGAUGUUUGAUGACCAGCAUGUAAUGCCCAUUCGUUGUUAGGUUGCAUUAGUAUUAUCUUAUCUAUUCUUCAUGAUGGGAACAGUUUCAAGAUAACCAUUAGACCAGCAAAAGCAGUUAUAUUCUCUAAACAACCUACUACUAUCAUUUACAUUUUUAGGAACACCAUGCCAUCCUCUUGUUGUUUUAUAUAUCAAUCAUUAAUGAAGUAGAGUAUCCAGUGGUUUUUAAUUUUCUCUGGUAAAAGUGUGUGCUUCCAUGUACUAGUAGUUUUUUUAGAAUGUAAAUAAUUUCUGUAGAGUUAAGUUUUAGCUUUCUGUGCCACCUCAUAAAAAUACAUUGAGAAUAUUGUAGUACGGUACUUUUGCACUGUCAGCUACAUGUUGUCUCCGAUGAAAGUAGGGUACCUGGUAAUUCAUAUCAUGAUCGGAAAUUUCCAAAGAGAUUGCGUGCUGCUUGCAAGAAAGUACCUACCUUAUACAUGUAGGUAGAUUUAUUUUUGUUCUGUAUAUACGAUACAUAUAUGAGAUUUCUCUGCAUUUUCUUCAGAUUUUUCAGUCUCAACAUUUAGUAGGGUUAGCAAAAAAUGUAUGUGAUGUUUGUAUCAUGUGAGUGUUUUUAUCUGGAGGAAUCAUUUCAUGACAGUUGUUUUCACUGUAUCAGUGUGGACAUCUAUGCGACUGGCUGUACUAUAUUACUUAGUGUAGUGUUUUUUUUAAAUCCAGCAACUGGUACUACACUGUCCCAAUAUUCCUAUGACCUAAGUAUGAGAUUACUGGUCUAUUUAGGCAGUCUUUGCUCAAUCCUGGUGUCCAUUAUUUUCUGGCAUGUAAUGAAUUCAGUGAGAUUCAAACUAUGAAUUACCAUGACAAUGUAGACAAACAAGUUACAAGUUUGGGGGUAAGUUUGCUAAGAUUAUGACAGACACUGACAGGGCAGAUCACAUGUUGAUGACCUGCAUGUGUGGAUCCUCCAUGUGACUGUCACAAGACUGAAUACUAUAAAUGCAGACACUUUCACAGUGAACCCAACUCCCACCACCACAAAAUUCAUGACACUGCGAAUUGUAUUACUACUGUACUACAGAUUUGUUGUAACUGUGAAUUUAAAACACAACAAAAAGCUCCUUUUCAUCCUACCCAAAAAAAAUAGCCACUGCAAAAGUAAAUGCAUUUACAGUACUCCAGAGUUAUCCUUGGGUCCAUUCCAUGGGUCACACAAGUCGCAGUCACAGAGCCAUGUUAGGUUACAUGAACUAUUUUAAGAAGUACUCUUUAAUAAAGUCAUGGUAGUGAUCUGUCUAAUUGUAAAACAGUGUUAUCGCCUUAAAUGACAGUAUGUGCUCAGUUCUGCUGUGUGAGUUUAAGCAUAACGUCAGUCAUGAAGAGCAAGCCCAAAAAUAUUGUAACAUGAUACCAUUAUAGGAUAUUCCGCAUAUGCUAUGUUGCAAACUUUCAUUUUAUCACAUUGUACAUUUCAAAAUUAUUUUUUGGUACAAAAUAGCACACAUAGGUUAGACAUGUAUUUUAUUUGUGAAUUCAUUUUCCUUUUGUAUUUGUAGGUUAUUUUAGUUUUGGUCAUAAAUGUACAGUGUAGUUAUAUGUAAAGAGCCAUACCAUAGUAUGUGUGUAUAUGUGUAAGAUUAAAAUUGAAAGGAAUAUUUAGUGGGCAUACCUGAAAUUGUAAGUCUUUUAGGCACUGUUUGCUGUUUGAAGGAAAUCACUUGUAAAUGUUAAUUAAUCUGACAAAAGUAACCAAGCAGAAUGUUAUCUGUGGAGUAUAUAUGUACCUUAACAUGAUUGUAA